GUUUCUUCAUCAAUUAGCGAAAGCUGUAGAAGGUUACUCCGGUUCGAAGUAAAAGGUGAAAGCGUCGCCCCCUCUUGUGUCGCGAAUGGUUGUUCCCGUGGAGUAGAAAGCAGCUGCCUCGUCGCUCGCUUGGCGACAUCUGCUCGCUUAGCUAAAAAAAAGCCGGGCCAAAUUGGAGCUUUUAACCUCCUUUAAAAUCAGUCACCAGACAAAAGUGACUUAUAAAAAGACGAUUUAACGCCACCGGCGGUAAUAGGGGAAUUAUUCGAAACUCACAGCGUGUCUGCUGUGGAAGUUUGAAAAGUUGACGACUGACGUGGGAGAAGUUUUUUUCUUUUUCUUUUUUGUAUGUUGCAGCUAGCUCACGCGGAGGUUGAUGCUAGCUCGCCUCCUCUGCAACCUGCCACGGCGCUACUGGACCGAGCCAGCCGGAUGCCUCCCUCGCCUCUCUCGCCACUUGCAGUGGAAUUCGCGGAUUUGAUUUGAUUUGUGACAUUCGGGACAACUGUGGCGUCUUGAGCGUCAUUUGCCGAGGUGGCAUUCAGGUACCGCUGGCUCGGAUAUAGACAUGCAUUUUUCCAUACCCGAAACGGAAGUUCGUUCGGGAGAAAAUGGAUCUACCUAUGUGGCUUACAACAUUCACGUCAACGGCGUUCUGCACUGUCGGGUGCGCUACAGCCAACUCCUCGGCCUCCACGAGCAGAUGAAGAAAGAGUACGGCAGCAACGUGGUGCCUUCCUUUCCUCCAAAGAAGAUCUUCACGCUGACCCCCACCGAGGUGGAGCAGAGGCGGGACCACCUGGAGAAGUACAUGCAGGCGGUCCGCCAGGACCCGCUGCUCGGCGCCAGCGAGUCGUUCAACAGCUUCCUGCGAAAAGCGCAGCAGGAGACUCAGCAGAUUCCGACAGAGGAAGUCGCUCUGGACGUCUGCCUGUCUAACGGUCAGAAAGUCACGGUCAACGUUUUGAGCUCUGAUCAGACGGAGGAUGUGCUCGAUGUUGUUGCAACCAAAUUGGAUCUCCCCGAAGACCUCGUGGCCUACUUCAGCCUCUUCCUCGUCCGUGAAGGAGAAGAGGGAGGCCUCACACUUGUGCGGAAGCUUCAAGAGUUUGAGCUGCCCUACGUGUCCAUCACCAGCCUCCACAGCUCAGAUUUUCACAUCCUCUUACGGAAAAGCUACUGGGACAUGGCGUACGACGCCGACGUCAUGGACAACAGAGUUGGCCUCAACCUGCUCUAUGCCCAGACGGUGGCGGACGUCGAGCGAGGCUGGAUCCUCGUCAACAAAGACCAGCGCAGGCAGCUCAAGUCCCUGCAGGAGAAAGGCUCCAAGAAAGAAUUCAUCCACCUGGGCCAGACGCUGAAAUAUUACGGCUACGUGAAAUUCGACCCGUGCGCCACCGACUUCCCCGAGCAGGGCUGCCAAGUGAUGGUCGGCGCCGGCAACAACGAGCUCAAUUUCCACGUCAAGCUGCCCAACCAUCAGAUGAAGGAGGGCAGCUUCAAGGUCACGCGGAUGCGCUGCUGGAGAGUCACGUCCUCCCAAGUCCCGAUAGCGAACGGCGCCGACGGCCCGUCCCCGUCGGCCAAGUGCGACGUGAAACUGGAGCUGGCCUUCGAGUACCUGAUGAGCAAAGACCGCCUGCGCUGGGUCACCAUCAGCAGCCAGCAGGCCAUCAUGAUGAGCAUCUGCCUUCAGUCGAUGGUGGACGAGUUGAUGGUGAAGAAGUCGGGCGGCGGCAUCAAGAAGAUGUUACGGAAACGCCACAACGGCACCGGCACCGCGCGGGGGCCCGACGGCCAGCAAGCUGUGAAAUCGCCCCCCCUGCUGGACUCUCCUGAGCAGAGCUGUGAGCAGAUCAUCAAACUGUCGACCAAGCUGAGCUCGGCGUCCUUGCGAGGGACGGGCGGCUCCAACCCGGCCGGCGACGCGGCCGCCGGCCAUUUCCACGGCAACUACGCUUUCGAGGGCAUCGGCGACGAGGACCUGUAACGUCGUCAGCCACCGGUCCCGACGCGCCUCCGCCUCCAGCCUUUUAUCUUUUCUUUUUCUUUUUUUCUUUUUUCCGGUUCGGGUGAGCAAAGACUUGCGCGUUGUACCCGGCUGCCGCUAGCGGGAGCGCAACGUGAAACGUCCUGCAAAAUAGUCGCAUCAGACGGGGCCAAAGCGCAAAUUCAAGUUAACGGAGAAAAGUACACGAGAUACGAGCGAGGCCGCUUCCAGGAACCGACAGAAAACGUUCCCGCUGCUUGCUGAAGUCGUGUUUUUUUUUUUUUUUUUCCCCCCUCCCCUCCUGCUGCCCGCCCGUCGCGAGUCUCAAGAUUGCAGACAAAGACGUUUGUUUUUGUUGAUUUGGGCGGGAAAGUCUCUCUUCUCUCAAGGCACCUUUGAGGGGAAGACAAAAUGCCGACUGCGAAGAUUCCACGCGGGGAGCCCUUUUUAUCGGCACCUUGACGAUAUUUGCAGCCGCCCGAUUGAUGUGUGACGGGGAAGCGUGGCCGCAACAUGCAAAUGAUGUUGAUUUUUUGGGUUAGGGUAACCCUCUGGCCGGGAAAACCUGAAGCGGUGCCGAUCGGGGCGGGGGGGUCGUGAAGCAAAGCAAAGCAAAGCGCUUUUGACUAUUUGCGCCACCUCCACGUACCGGUGCCCUCAUUUGGCCCGGUUGCGGUUUUUAACGACUUGGGCCUGCUUUGGCCAACUCGUACACAUUUGAAGCUUACGAGUAGCACCAAAAUGCCUGCCAGUAAGAUGCACUUGUUCCACUCGUAGGCCCAGGUACUCGUGAAAAGAUACUAGCGUGCUGAAUGGUCCCACAGCACAGGCUGAAAAUGAUUUUGAAAAGUUUUGAUUUUUCUCAUAAAUGCCAAAUUCUCGUUUACUAAAGCAUUUUGCACAAGAAUGAACGCGAUGACGUCACUUUUUUAAUCCGCUGUACAUGCAAUGAAGUAUUCCCAAUAUUUACUAAUUGCGUCUUUUUCCUGUAAUCUGGAGCUGAAACGAUCAAACGAACGUUCCGACGUGUCCGUGUUUACAUUUUGUUUUUGGAGAUUUUCAUCUGAUUAUUUGACGCGUUCAUCAUACAGGGAGUGGGGGGGGGGGGGGGCGAUCGGGUUGCGACGGCUUCUUAUUUUUUUUUAGCGGGCCAUGAUUUGAACAGACAAUAGAACCUCGAAAAAGCUUCGCUGACGGUAGGAGCUUCACUAUUAUCAUCAUCAUCAUCUCAGUUGUAAGCAAUAUCAAACGAAGAAUAAUAAAUGCUCUCGUCUGUUCACGUCUUUGUUUCGAGCGCUUCCUUUUUCAGCCGACUUGCUUUUGCAACGUUGGAAGAAAAUGAACUUGUGUGAGCGUCAUUUUGUACAAGAGAAAUGAUGGGGAUAAGCGUCACCUCACUGGAAAGGAUCAUGGCAAUGAUGCAAAAGUCACCAUUUCACAAAAGAGUUUAAGUUUAAACUUUGCAACAAUUAGACGUUGUCAAAUGUUUUUAAAAUAAAUAAAACCAGAAUGAGUUAACAAUAUUCGGUUUGGGGGCAUUUUCAUGAGAUGAAUGAAAACAAAAAUUUAGUUGUUCUCCUGCGCGAUGUGAAGACAUUUUUCUCUGUGUGGAUAUUCCGGGAAAUUGUUGCGUUCUUUAUUUUGGAAAUGUUCAUAGGCAAUACCGUUGGUUCUGGUUUCUGCAUCCCAGUCCUGAGGGUUGCGUUAGGCGGCCGAAAGGUUCUGAAGCCGUCCCAAAUCGACCAAAAUGUCGCUGUCGGGUGGGCCGCAAUUGGACCCGACUCUCGCCCAGUAGAGUGACCCGCUGCAAAAAUUUCCAAAAAAAAAAAAAAAAAAUAGAAUGGCUGGUUUGGGGAACCCAGUAUAGUUGUCGGUCGGAACCGUGGCGUCACCUUUUUCCAGAUACAUUACUUAAAAAAAAAAAAUAAUAAUCAUUGUAAAAUGCCCUGUGGUGGGCUCACCUCCUUAAUUUCUAAUCAAUUAAAAUGGGCGUAAAUUCUUCAUUUUUAUGACUGUACGGUCCGCUGGUUGUACAAAAAGUUCCACGUUACAAAAAUGAUCUUUUCCAUGAAAAAUUCUACAUGAGAUUGCCAGUGCGGAAAAAACGCUGCUGACCAUCAGAUGAGGAAAUAGUGUCGUUUGUUUUUUUAUUAUUAUUGAAUGGAGACAAGUCCUCAGCUAUUUUUUUUUUUUUUUCUGCUGUGUAAAAGUCUUGCUUGUUAAGGCUGCGAUGAAACACAACAGAUGCGGCUGCAUAAAAGGAGAUCACAACGAUGGGGGGGGGGGG